AUUUCGGCCCCUUCCCCACUCGCAACCUCCAACUCCACUCCACGUCUUCCCCUCGCCGCCGCCUCCCACGCCGGCGCGCACCGAUCAGGCUCCCCACCUCACCUCGCAUCGCCGCCGCCGGCUUCCUGUAUACCAUGCAGGCCCGCGUCGUCGUCUUCCCCGUCAGAGGCCGCGCCUGGUGCUUCGCCCGCCCGCGCGACCUCGCCCCCGCCGCCUCCGCCGCGGGCCACGGCGCCCUCCCGCCUCCGCCGCCCACCCUGAGGGACCUCUGGCGCGGGAUAGCGGGCGGAGGACGCACGACCCCGGAGAACGCUGAGGCCGUGGCCGACUUCGUCGCGGACAAGAUGAACCGGGCGUGGAUUGGGUUCGGGAGCGCGCCGGAGGGGUCGGUGAAGAGCCGGAUCCACAGCUUCGGGCUGAAGCUGCUCUCGCGGGUGCGGCCGUCGGAGAUGCUGCUGAAGUCGGUGACCAAGGACGUCUCCAUGCUCGAGAUCGUGCAUCCAGCAAGCAUACAUCCUCGUCUUGUGCGUCGACGGUUGCGUCACAUUGCUGUUAGGGGUGCAGCUGUUCACAGGAAAUUUCUUUAUGGCUCAAUUUGUAUGCUUCCCAUAACUAGUAUUUUCAUGGUACUGCCUUUGCCAAACUUGCCGUUUUUCUGGGUCCUGUUUCGCGCUUAUUCUCAUUGGAGAGCUCUACAGGGAAGCGAGAGGCUCCAGUUGCUGGUUUCUGACUGCUCCGAUCAAUGGAAGACCAUUCUCGAUAAGACGAAUGUAAACGAAUGUGUUCCUUGGAAUUUGCAGCCCUCAAAAAAGCUUGACCAGUUCCUUGAAAAGAGAGGCUUGGAUGAAGGUUUGGACGGCGAUACCAUUUCGAGCAUAUGCGAGGCAUACGACUUGGACAAGAUUGAUGUUCUGAAGUACAGGGAUUUGGAGUGACCUUGUUCAGUUUCUUGCGCAACCUAGGAAUUUUUGCCCACUGAUGUCUGUAUGGUAAGAAUACCUCUACUGGAUGAUAACAUGCUGAAGGGUGCAGGAGUGGCACACGGGACUGCUAAUAUCCACGAUCAAGUGUGGAUUCUUUUUUCGCAGAGGAAAACAUGAAAUUCUUAACCGGCAUCGUAAUUUUUGCUGUGCCUGUCUGCUGCUAGUUUAGAAAGCCGAUAAACAAAGAGGGCCUCUAAAAAACUGUAGUAACCCAUGGUGACCUGUGUGCCCACUGUUGUAAAUAGAGAUGGUAGUAACCUUUAGCAACUGCCAUCUCUUUCCCCUUUCGGCACCUGCCAGAAAAAGAUAUAAUUGUUUGCCUGCUCAAAUCAACAGUCGGGACCGAGACUGAACAUGACCUUAUUUUUGCAUAUGCAUCUGGUCUGAAAAUCCAUCUUUGGGCAGAUCUGUGUCUCGACACUGGGCUCCAAAUUGAGCAGGACAUGCCUCACCUCUUCAAAGCAAGCAGAGAUUUGAUCCUUUUUUUU